CACACGGACGCUGCGAGCGAGCGAGAGCAACGAGGCAAGCUUCACGUUGCUAAACGAAAUGGUCAGAAGCGAGCAGGGAAAAGAAAAGGGAUUGUGGUUGCCUGCCAUGCAUGUGAGUAAAAUAUGUCCCUGUGUGUCUUACCUGGCAUGCACCGAGCGAGCAGACCCGCUUAUCGCUGGCCUUUGCUUGCCUUUGCUUAACAGUAAGUAGCCAGAUGCCCAAGAGCGGCAUUUGCGCAGUCUGGCAUUUAGAAACCCUCCUAGGGUAAUUGGAAACUAUUGUCAUGCUCAGAAGGUGGCUGCAUUGCGAAACAGCUCAGCGGAGGGUUGGGUCCGCCUCUCUGUCCCUGUCUGACCACAAGACGACCAAGCUCAAAGAGGACUCCCCGGCGCCCGCGGCCAAGAAGAAGAGCAAGAAGAAGAAGAAGGCCAAGAAAGCUGCGGAGCCUACUCCCGAGCUCGACGAGGCAAAGGUCCCCCCAAGUGCUAAAGCCGACCACCCUGCCUCGUACGUGGAUUUGCUACGGAAAUGCAGCAGCCGCGCUCACUUGCCCGAUCUCCGGCAGCUCCACUCGCAGCUCGUCGGAAACGGGUAUGCACGGCGCCCCGGCAUUGCCACCAAGCUCAUCCAGAUGUAUGGCCGAUGCGGCAGCCUCAGCGACGCGCGGCUCGUCUUCGACAGCAUUGCCUCCAAGGAUCGCAGCAUCGACCUCUGCAACGCCAUGAUCACGACUUGCUCGCAGAACGGGGACGCGGCGGGUGCGCACACCGUGUUUCAGAGCAUGCCCAAGAGCAGGAAGAUGCGCACAGACGACCUCACCGCCUCCAACAGCAUGAUCGCUGCCUACGGCAAGGCCAAAUCUGUGGCCGACGCCAAGCGCCUGUUUGAUCGCAUGGAGCGGAGGGAUGAAGUCACCUGGACUGCCGUGGUUGCAGUGUAUGCCCAAAAUGGGCAUAGCAGGGACGCCAAGCUGCUGUUCGAUGCGAUGCCGCGGCGGGGCAUCAUCGUGGCUACGGCGAUGCUGGGCGUGUGCGCUCGGGGCGGCCAGGCACACCAGGUGUGGGACCUGUUCACGGAGAUGGAGGGACGCGACGUCUUCUCGUGGGGGGUGCUCAUCUCGGUGCUGUCGCGCCACGGCCGUAUGCAAGACGCGCGCUUCGUCUUCGACAAGAUGCCGCUCCGCAGCACAGUGUCAUGGACCACCACCAUCACCGCGUAUGCCAAGUGCGGGGACCUGGACGAGGCCCGCAGGCUGUUUGACGCAAUGCCGCAGCCGGACGUUAUCACCUGGACGUCGCUCAUGACGGCGUACGCGCAGGGUGGCCUGAGCAGGGAGGCGGUGGAGCUGUUCAAGCUCAUGGACCUCGAGGGCGUGGAGGCGGACAAGUACAGCUUCUCCAUCGUGCUGGACGCGUGCGCGAGGCUGUCGGAUGUGGCCGAGGGCCGCAGGGUGCACCGGACCAUCGCCGAGCUCGGCCCCAUGGACGUGGUGGUGACCAACUCGCUGCUCAACAUGUAUGGCAAGUGCGGCAACAUGGCGGAGGCGGUGGCGGCGUUCGAGGGCGUGGCGGCGAUGCAGCGGGUGGUGGCCACCUGGAACGCGCUGAUCGCCGCCUACACCGAGAACGGGUGGCACGAGUCGGCGUUCGGGGCGUUCCGGGCGCUCAAUCUCGACGGCGUCGUGCAACCCAACGCCAUCACCUUCAUUGGCAUCUUCACGGCGUGCAGCCACACGGGCAAGCUCGAGGACGCCCGCGACUACUUCCUGUGCAUGGCUCCCGACUUCGGGGUGACGCCGGUGGCGGACCACUACGUGUGCAUGUCGGACCUGCUGGGCCGCGUCGGGAAGCUUGUGGAGAGCGAGGAGCUCAUCGGCAGCAUGCCAUUCCACCCGGAUCCGGUGGCGUGGCUGGGCUUGAUGGGCUCGUGCCGGACACACCUCAAUGCCGACGUUGCGGAGCGAGCGGCGGAGCAUGUCUACGUCUCGGACCCCGGCUGUCCCUCGCCGUACAUUCUCCUGUCCAACAUCUAUGCAGCGCUGGGGAGGACCAAGGAUUUGCUGCGCAUCCGGAGGCUCAUGAAGAUGAGGGGCGUCAAGAACAACCAAGCGCUGGCCUACGUGCAAGUCAAGGACCGCCUUGUGCCCUUCGCAGUUGCCCGGUGGACCAAGAAAUUCUACAAGGACCACUGCAGCAGGAGUGAGUGACUAAGUACCCAUCAUCACCUUUUGAUCCAAGUCCACUACACUAGUUUAUCAAGUGAUCAG